CUUCUCGAAAGACAUACGUAUUUAAGAAUGAUUGGAGACAUUGAAUGUAAGACCUAGCCAUGGGCUAAUAUCUUGGCGACCUAUACCCUAACUCGGGUCAUCCAGAGAUCGUGUCUGUCUCUCUCUCUUCCAUUGUUCGUCUGCACCUUCGCGCUGCAAGAGUCAUCCGUUCUAUCCCACCAAACCCUACUCUGUUCCCAUCAUUCACCGAAAUGGCUGCCCCAGUCAAACCAGCGAUUCUCGUAGUUUCUGGGGGUUGGCACAUUCCCCAGAGCUAUGCCAAGCUGAGGGAAGCUCUUGAAGAGGCCGGUUUCGAGGUUCACAUCCCACCUCUCACUUCAGUCAAGCAGGAUGAGCCGCUCAUGGGCGAUCAAGGCAAUCGCGAUCUGGACAGCGAUACGGCUGCGAUCCGCGCCAAGGCCGAAGAACUCAUCAAUAAAGAUGAGCGAACUGUCGUCGCUCUUAUGCAUUCUUACGGCGGGCACGUCGGUUCGAAUGCGUUGCACGGACUAGGUCUCAAAACCCUACCUGACGGGCGUCAGGUGGGGGUUUCGCACCUUGUGUAUUUGACCGCAUACGCAAUGCCUCCAGGGGGGAUUAUGAUGGACAUGGUCAAGGAUCAAGGAAACUUGGGUCUCGCUGCCGAACGAUUCCCAAUAGAAGCAGACGGUACCUGCAUGUGUGCAGACCCGAAGGAGCUGCUCGUCACUCCCGGGCCGGAGGAUGACAUGAAGGAGAUCGAGGAGUACAUCCAGACUUUAAGACCAUGGAACGCCGUGGUCAUGACCCAAGAGACCAAGCACGCUGCAUGGCAAGAGAUCCCCGCAGCCUUCAUUUACACCACGAAGGAUAUGAUACUGCCCUCGACGUACCAGCAGACUUUCAUGGCCACUUUGAAGACACGAUGGCCGGAGAUGAAGACAUUCGAACUGGUCGCGGGUCACAGUCCUAAUCUAACUGCUAGUAAGGGCGUCGCUGAUGCGGUUAGAAAGAUCAUUUCGGGUUGAAAUAAGGUUUAGAUUAUUGACAUUUCUGACACUACAUUUUGUAGUGAUCAAUAAAAUCAAGACGCAGUAGUAUAACGAUAAAGAAAUACUCAUCCUCCUGCGAUGUGAAUUAAUACAGCAUGGUUAAUCACCUUUUCGUAACGCAAUCCAGAACAAUACAACACUCAAUGCCAUGAUUACCACCAGAAUUGCGAAUAGGACGGUCAAGUAUGGGUUCCUCGACACUGACCCGAGUCCAGUCCCUAAAGCAGAAGCCACUGCUGCAGUUAUCUCCUGCAAAGCCCUGACCAUGGC